GGUGAGACGAGAAUUUGUUGCUGUUGAUGGAUAAGCAUUCCCGCGAACAAAGAUCAAACGAUGCCGAUGAAAGUGACCGUCUGUUUUGAUCGAGUUCGAGUCAUCGUUCCUUGCGGUGAUGGACAUAUCUUGGUUGGAGAAUUAAUCUCAAAAGCUAUUUUACGGUACAAGAAGGCGAUAGGAAAGUCGAGUGACCACUGGGUGACCGUACACAACCUGAAGACCAGUACUGAUGGAGGAAUACUGGACCCUGAUGACAUACUCAAUGAUGUGGUUGAUGACAGGGAACAGUUGAUAGCUGACUAUGAAGAGCAGGGUGGAAAUGGUUACCAGCCUCACAAUGGAGAUGGAGCAAGUGCUAGCUCAGCAGGAACAGCUAGUCCAGACAUGUUCCACCCUCCAGACCAGAGUCCAUCCUUCUCCAGGAAGGAAUUACAGGAAGAUCAGCAUGACAUUGUUGUCACAACAAAGGAUUUAUCAACAGGAUCAGGACUGACAGUCAGACAUGGGAGCGAGCCUAUGUUGAAUGUUACAGAGGAGAACCAGUCAACAGAAUCACAGCUGACUGUCAAAUCAAUCAAGGUGAAAGAUGAAGUCAAGCCUGGAAUUAUGCAUGUCAAACAAGCAUCACUGGAUGAAGGAAAAUCUAAGAACCCUUUCAGUCGAUUCGCAAGGGAUUCCUGGAGACAGUCAGUUGGAAGUCGUCCAGAUAUGUACAAAUGGUUGGAGGCCCAGGAACGACAGCAGGACAAGUAUCAACAGCCAAUGGAGAGACGAGAGCCUGUUGGCAGUGUUAGUAUGGAGACCAAGGAAGAUAAUUCUGUUCCCAAGCCUGUGAUCAAACCAGCCCUGACACCAAGCAUAUCUGAACCUGUAGAAAUUGUCCUGAUCAAUGAUGGUGGUCCCCUUGGGAUCCAUGUGGUCCCGGAGUAUAACGAAUCUCAGAAGGAGCUAGGGCUGCUGGUACAGGGUAUAGAGCCAGGCGGCAAAAUAUUUAAAGAUGGCCGCCUCAGUGUGAAUGACAGAAUUGUUACCAUUAAUGGCAUCAGUUUACAUGGCGUCAGUUUUGCAAGGGCUCAAGAAAUAUUUCGCAAGGCUAUGACCACGCCAGAAAUACAGCUGUUUGUGGUGAAGAAGAAACCAGCUCUUCCAAAGAAUCCUCCUCCACCUGUGGCGCCGAAACCUCGAAGCCACACACCUGUCAAACCAUCUCCUCUCACUCUCCCUAUUUCUAAUAAGUUGGAUUUGGUGGACCAGUUAUCUCCCCUUGGUCCAGAGAUCACCAGCACACCGACAGGAUCUGUACAGAGCAAUAGUCCAGACACACAAGAUGGGAAAUCCCCACUAUCACAGCGUACCUUUAGAGAGCCUAUCAGAUCCGGCCAUCAUGUCAACCCCCUGUCCCCCAUACGAAAGGUUCCACCAGCCCCUCCAGCUAGAAAUCCAAAGACUUCCCUCUCAGCAAAUCCUGAGCCAUCUGUCUCUACAAUCAAGGCUCCAACGAAUACUAAGAGGAUUGGCAAGAAAAUAGCCAUUGAACUCACUAAAGGCCCCCAGGGGUUGGGGUUCAGUGUGACUACUCGAGACAACCCUGCCGGUGGGGACUCGCCUAUCUACAUUAAAAACAUACUAUCAAAUGGAGCAGCUAUUUCAGAUGGGCGACUCAAGGCUGGAGACAGGCUUUUAGAGGUAAAUGGUGUGGACAUGACUGGGAAGACACAGUCGGAAGCGGUGGCCAGACUAAAGAGCUGUGAUAUGGGUAGUCUCGUUAAAAUCAUAGUAUCUCGACAGGAAGUGGAACAGGAAGAACGAUUUCGUGUUCCUCGCAAACUGGAUAAUGAGAAAGAAAACCAAAAACAAAAUGUCUUACAGCCCACAGAAAAGUCUGGUGAUGAUGGCACACUGGUGGGAAUGAGGAAUAAAGAGGUCAUUACCCUUGACAUUCCACUUAAAGAGACAGGGUCAGCAGGAUUAGGGGUCAGUGUCAAAGGCAAAACCCAGACUACAGAGCAUGGGCAAAGGGAUCUUGGCAUCUUCAUCAAAGCUGUGAUACAUGGAGGGGCUGCUUCCAAGGAUGGGAGAUUAAUAAUCAAUGAUCAGUUGUUAGAAGUGAAUGGCGAUGUGUUACAAGGACUGUCUAAUACAGAAGCUAUGGAAACACUACGGAAUUCCAUGCAGAAAGAUGGCCCUCUAUUGGGAUACAUACAUCUUGUUAUUGCACGGAGAAUCGGGGCGCCGUCUCCCUCCCCAUACCAGGAGUUCAGUACAGACUACAUGCUGUUUGAUGAACAGCGGACUAGUGGUGAUGAUAGUCAGGAAAAUAGGGUAGAAAUGGAAAGUGAACGGACGUCAGGUGCUAAGGGAAGUAACUCUAAAGAGAGUAACAACAAUAUCAAAGAUUAUAUUGAUGGUGCUAAGGCUCGUAAUUCUGCGUUGGAGCGACUGAUGAGUGGGGGUAAUAGCCUACGAAAUGACUCCUAUACACGGGCUACACAUGAUCAGGAUGUGGAGGGGGUGGGGCUUCGUAAUGAAUCCUACACACGUGCCACCAAUGAUAGUGCUAAUGUGUUUUUACCAGGAAUGUCUCCCGCUGCUAGUCACCAGCGAAGCGCCCCCACCCUCCGGCCUCGGGGGAUGGAGGCUGUGAUGAUUGAGGAUGAUCCUAGCCAUAAAAAGCAGAAUUAUGACAUGAAGAUGCGUCCACAUUCAACUCUGGGGAUCCCGAGAAGCUCCCCUCCUCACUCCAAUAGUAGCAGCUCCGAGGACCUGAGGGAACACCCACCCAGCUGGCUGCGAGGCCCUGACUGGAACCGCCAUCCAAGUACACCCAGCGAUAGACACCCUAGUAAUACAAGUGAAGAGCCCAUGAGUCCCCUAGUAAUGGAACCAUUUGCACGUGAUGCUGUUGGUCGACAGAGCAUGUCAGAAAAAAGGCGGGGCCAUCAGGACCCACGAGGGAGUGAAUACUACCAGCGGGCCAAAACCGUACGCGACAGUCAGAAAGAUGAAAAGACAAAAAAACGUCGCUCAGCCUCCUUUCAUGUGGCAGGUCAAGGUCAUCAGCGACGAGCCCAAGGUAUGGUACGAGUCGGCUCGGCUGAGUCUCUCAUCAGUCACACCAAACCUAACAUACCCCCCCUACAGCUGCAUGGAAACACACAGCCUGGCCAGAAAGUGACAUCAAGCUCUAACCUAAAACGGUGCAGUUCUCUUGAGAAUCUGACCAUGACUGGACCAGGUGAUCAUGAGGACAGCGGGGAGAUAGCCGACAGUGACGGGGACGACCCUAGUCAGGAGGACGAUACCCCGGUAGUCCCUCGAUCCAUGAUGUCAAGGGGACGGGGCACAAAUGACAGCUUCAGGGCUGCAGUAGACAGAUCCUACGACCCUGUGGAACAUUCCACUAUGGAAACACGGGAAGGUAUGUAUAGCAAUAGUGAAGGCCAUCCUCAUGACGACGGACACAAACUGUUAUCUCCAAAAGGCAGUAUGGGGUUCACAUAUUCGGGACAUGUUGAGGAAGAAAGUAGUGGUGAGAUUUCUGGGCGGACUAACUCGGCUCGUUCAUCAGUGAGUAGUGAUGCAACAAGUGAGGACAAAAAAGGUGGCAGACGCAAGAACAAAGACAAAAAGGGAGCAAAUAUCUUCAAGGGUAUUUUCAGACUUGGUCGAAACAAAAAGACUGCUGAAGAAAACACCAAGGCUGAGAUAGACAAACAGGAGGAAGAGGCUGAGCGCCAUUUUAUCACUCGGGACAACAGGCAGCGUGAAUCAGAUGGCAAUAUGGGUCAGCGAUGGACCUCUGUACCAGACACACACCAGGCUUUCCCCGUAUCCCUCCCACAGCAGCCGUCCUCAACCUCAUUAGACAGUGAUCAGAUCGCCCGCGGGGCCACGCCCAUCAACAUGUCUCGUGCCGAAUGGAUCCAACACUUACGCAUGGAGCAUCAGCGAAAACACAAGGAGCGUCAAGGGCGGUAUCCGCUUGACGAUCGUGAGGAGGGAUACGAACGAGAAAUUCAGGCUACUGAGGAACAACAGGUACAUCCAAUGUACAGGCAGGAAAGACCACAUUCAAGGUUAGCAUCAGAAGGAUACAAUUAUGAAGGUCAAAUAAGGUCAACAUCAAGCGACAGUUAUUCAUAUGAAGGUCAGGGUCAUCCAAGGUCAAGGUCAAGUUCUAGGCAACAGCAGUAUGAAAGGCCAGCACCUCAGCCUCACAGCUACACCGACUACAUGUACCAGAGUGCUCCUCCCAACAUUCCCUAUCAGCCACCAGCCCCUUGGCCACACCCUGGACGAGACAAUUUGCCCGUCCAGCAUAAUUACCCCCAUGUGCGUCAGAACAGUGACUCUUACUCUGACCAGAACCGAGAUAAUUUAUUACGACAUCCUCUCUCUCGCAGUCAUACACCCGUAGAACAAUGGCGAGAAGACCACCUCAGUUAUCAUAGGAAACCGCCGUAUCCACCGCCCGAAGUACACCCCAGGGACAGUGGUUAUAGCUACAAUGACACAGUCUAUACCUACAGAGAGCCGCUAUAUCCACCAGUUGCUGGCAAGAGACAAGUACAUACCAUCACACAGCCAGGGUCAGCCAAAGUAUGACCCUGAGCACAUCCCUGUGUCCAAUUCUGUACUGAUAUAACGGUGUCCAGUACCACUGUGUUGGACUGACCACUGGUGUAUAUAACACUCGUCUAACAUCACUGUGAUGGACAACCACUAAUGCAAUAGAGCAUUGUCCAAGGUUCUCUACAGCUAUAACGGUGGCAAGUUUACCAUUGAUAGUCACAGGGCAAUCAAUGUCCAGAUACCAUUUGAGUUUCUCACAUACAGUGUCCAGUGACCAGUUGAGUUUCUCACAUACAGUGUCCAGUGACCAAUUGAGUUUCACACAUACAGUGUCCAGUGACCAGUUGAGUUUCUCACAUACAGUGUCCAUUGACCAAUUGAGUUUCACUCCAACGAAGUGCUUUCUGAUAUCAUUGAUACUCUGACAGACUCGGUGAUUGGAAACAACACAGGAGAGAAUUGAGUAUUGUCCUGUCAACCAAGCGUGUUCUCCAUCUCUGAUGUUAAGUCCCCAGUUCCUGUAGCCUACUACAACAGAGAUUUGGUCCAUGUCUUUUUGGCCUAAUGUGUUCUCCACAUCAUCUCCACAUACCCCAAAAAUAUGUGAUAGGAAUUUCCAGACAGAUAUUGCUGCAGUUUUGUUACGGUCAUACAGUGUAAAUUAGGAUUGAACACAAGGAGAUGUGUCCGUGAAUGUCUGCAGUCACCUGUAGUAAGGUAUUAAGGAAGUACGGUAUAAUUAACAGAAAUGGAUCCAGUUUGAAUGUUGUAUGUCAGAUUGCCAGUCUAUAGAGGCGCCAACUUUAACAAAUCAUCAUUGAUGCCAUAAUUAUUGCAAAUAUGAAAUUGUGAACUAUAAUAUUUGUUUAAAAUAAGGCUUCAUUACUUAUGUCAUAAAUGUCAAAAGUAUGCUAAAAUUUGCCACCAUCACCAAAGUUUGGUACCUCAAUACAGCAUAAAAACAAUGAUUUGCCAAUAAGAAAAUCUUAGAUGUUUACUCACCAUACUUUUCCUGAAGUAUGAUAUUUUUUUGUAUGCUACAUGUUAACAAUGUACAAUGAUCUGCCAUGAUCACCAAGAUAUCCAAACUGAAUGUAUAACUGUGGUUUUUGUGUGUACAUCUGCUACUGUGGUUUGAAUCGUGCCUGAUAUUAUAGCAGUCAUAAUGUUAUUUGUCCUCAUUAUAAGAUAUAGCACUAAUUAACACAUGGAAAUAAUUUCUCUAAAUUUAGAAAAGUGUUGUCAUGUUUUGAUAGACAUUUUGCACCAGUGCUUUAUAGAAAAACAUCUUGAUGUGCAUACAAUGAAAUUGUGCCUGUGAAAAGAAUUAUUUAACAGCUUUUUCUCAAAUUUAACAUUCAUGUUGUAUGUUUCUUGUUGCAAAGAAAUGUAAUUCCUGUUUUUCUCAUUAGUCAUGUUUUAAUUGUUUCCAUUCAAACCAAUCCAACUCACAUGUAUUUAAGUUGUAAUUAAGGAUGAUAAAACUGUUUGACAGGAUAACUCAAUAUAAUAAUAUGUAUUUCUUAUUACUUGCGUAUCAUUAUUUGGUAAGGGUUUCAUAAUCGAUAAUGAUAUACAAAAAUAAGAGUUAUAGCCCUUUGUUCAUCAUGCAAUUUUUUACCAACAGUUGAUAGCUUCAUUGUACCUAACGUUUUAGUAGUAUCUGUUUAUCUCUAUAUCAAAUUUUAGCCGAGUAAUUGAACAUUUUCGAGAAAAGAAAUACAUGUAAGAGGAAACAUUGCAGUUGUAAAUGUGUACUUUAUUGAAAAAAUAGCAAAUUCAUGGGGGAAAAUGUUAAACUUAAGUUGAAAUUUCUCACGUUAUAUUUCACAGUUAGGUGUAUAUAAUUAUAUUGUAUUUGGAAAUAAUAAUGUUCCUUGUAAGUAAUCCAAAAAUUUGUAUGGAGUUAUCCUUUUCAUACAGUUAUUCUUUCAAAGAAAUCACUGAUGAAAUGCAAUAACCAUGUGUAUGUACAUUAGUUAUUUUUCCGUUGUGUUAUUUGUGUUGGGUCUGUGAAUGUUGAUAAACCAGUGUCUUUCAGUUGUACACUUUGUAAAUGUUUUGUGUUUUAAUACAAAAGAACACAAUUGUGUUGUACAUAAAGGAUAUCACAACGUGUAGUUGAUGGUGUCACUGUGUAUCAUAAAGUCUUGUCUCCAGGUUGGUGUACCGAUGUUAUAUAUACUUCCGUGUUUGAGCUUCAAAUGACUUGCAUAUCUUCUAAGAUUUUUUUUGUCCAGAUUUUCUCAUGUAAUAAUACAUAAAUAUUUGUAUGCUAAUAUAAAGUUAAUAAUUUUUCAGCCAAGUAUCUUAAAUAUAUAUUAAUGUCAGGGUAGAAUUGUAAUUAUUGAAUAUCUUAUAUUUGAUACGGUUGUUGUAUCUUUGGUGAUAUUUUGAUAGAGGGUCCAAUGUGUAUGUCUGAUACAGAUUAGAUCAUGUAUUAAUGCGUUUAUUUUUCUGUUUGAUUAUCAGACUAAACUGUAACAAUUUCAAAAAAAGGAAAUUUUCUUCAGUGAUAGAUAUCAGUAAUUCUACAUAAUUUUACAGUUUUUUUUUCUCUUUAGGUAAGUUAUCAAAGGGAGAUAAUUGUGUUAGAACACUGGUAGAUUGAUUUUUUUUGACAGGAUCUUUGUAAAUAUAGCGUAGUAUUUGACAUCGGCAACAGUUUCCUGUAUAAAUUCUGUGACUAUCACAAGGUGCUAUUGAUAUAGUUUAUAACAUAUAAUAAAUAUGUCCAACAAUGGUUUAUGAUUACAUAUUGUUAUAGAUAUUUACCAAGCUCUAAUGCAACGUCGGGCAGAAGAAUUAGAAUUGAAGUUCUAAUCUCUGUUUAAAUCUUGAUGGUUAAAAGAUGAACAAUAUAGAGGUAUUUUCCCGAGAUAUCAAUAAUUUGAAAAAUAAUUGAGUAGAUAUGAUGUCAGAACAACUCUUUCAUUCAGUAUUGUAAUAUGUGCAUCUCCACAAUGAAGAAAGUGCCAGUAAAUGUUUUGACGUAACAAAAUCAGAGAUCAUGAUUUUGAUAUUUAUACUGCAUGUUUAUGUUGUUAAACAUGAUAUUGUAUUUGAUGUAAUUCACUACCAUGGUUGUGAAAAUCCCGGGGGUUUUAAUUCCUAUAUUUUAUCUCCAUUAACUUUGUGGAUUUUUUAUUCACCUUGAAAUCUUUUGUGUUUUUAAGUACAAAAUGUCUUGUGUGUUAAAUGAAAUCCUAUCACUGAUAAAGGGCCCUGUUAUUACCUGUUGGUAAUUACUUGUUUACUUUUCAUCUAGCUCUCCAUUUUGGCUUGGAAGUCUCUCUGAGCUACUUCAUAAUUUGCUUGUACUGCAUUAAAUGUCUGUUUAUGUUCAUAUCACCAUGGUCAGAUGGUCUCUGCUUACUUCUCACCGGCAGGAGAAUUGUUUUUAACUAUCGCUAAAGCGUAAGACUUGUAAGCCAGGGGUCUUGGGUUUGAUUCUUAGUGAAGCCGUUGAAAAAAAGCAUGAUCUUUGUUACAUUGGCACCUGUUUAUGGAUUCAGGAAAUAUUGACAAAAUUGUUAAGUGUUACUUUUGCAAGCAUUACUGGUACUCUAGGAUUAGGUCAUUUUUGGAAGGGAGAGUAAUCCACCAACUGGGCUAUGAGAAUUUCUCUACACUCCAUCGGUACAGUAUUAGAGGUCCCAGGGUGGAGAUAGUGAAAUAAUAUGGAUAUCUUUUUACAUUCAGUAAUAAAAACAAAAGUUAUUGCCACUUUUUUUUCGGGGUGGUGGGUUAAAUAAAUCAGAGGGUAUCUAGUUAGUUUUUGCACUGCAUUAUGUGGGCAGUAUAAUUAUACGAUAGGCAUGGUACAUAUAUUAUCUGUGUACUUGUUCAAAUUGGUGGGGCUAAUAUUUCGCUGUUAUCCCAGUCUGACAUAGUUUGUCAGUAUUAAAUUUUGCGCAACCACACCUUGUAACAAAAAAAAACAUGGAAAAAAAGGAUAAUUUUAACUGUGUUUGUAAAUAUUUGCUUGGUGAUUAUUUUCGCGUUAUAUUAAAGUAGCAAAAUUUUAAAUCCCCCGUAAAUGUUACCAUGCAACUAUACAGUAUUGUCAGGCAUCUUUAGAAAAAUUGUACAGAGCCUCAUGUUUGAUAAAGUUGAUCUUGAAUCUGUAUAUAAGUUUCAAUAUGAAAUAUGAAAUAUAUUAAAUACAAAUUUACAUGUUCAGAUAUUGUAAUAUGUAACAGUGCUAGCAUAAUGUAUCGGUGUCAGCCCAAGAUUUCACUUUUUCGUAACAUUCCAUUGACAUGUAAAUUUACUUCUUUAAAUGAUGUUCAAGAGCAAGAUAUAUAGCAUCAAGGUAGUGAUUCUGAAGGAAAUGCAGGUAUCCAAAAUUAUCCGAGGAUCAAAUCAUUUCAAAUGGAAUCCUUGUGUUAGAAGUUUAUUGUGCAAUAGUGUGAAGGAUGUUUGUAAAUGUUUCUUUAUAUUUGAAGUGAAACUAUUUCAUCAAAUAUGAAGUCUAGAGGAAAAUCUUCCUUUCUCAAAAAUGAAAUCUAGACUCUGAAUGUCCAAGGUUUAAUCAUGGAAGAUUUAAUUUUUCAGUUGUCUUUUAAUUGUCUUUAAAAUUCAAGUGUUCAGAGUUUGCUUUUAUAGAAUUGAUCGAUUUGUAUUCAUUGAGUAUCAAAUGUGUUUGUAAAUAUGUCGGUCAAAAUUACUUCAAACAAAACAAUAUGGCCAGUAUGUUAAAUUAGAGUUCAUUUUAUCUUAAUUAUUUAGUUUCUAGGAAAUAAAUAAUACGACUUGUUUAGAAUAAUAAAUAAUAAUACUUCCUUAGAAUUAAUGAUAAAUAAGCAUAUUGUUUAUAUAAUAAUAAAAAUUUAAGUAAAGUGAUAUCUGUACCCUAACGAAAAACUAAUUGAUUGUAAUUGAAAUUCAUUUUUGAGACAGAAACACUCGGUCUGGCAGUUCUUUCAGAUAUCUGUAUACAUUAUUUUUCUUACCAGUAUGAUUGUUAAACUACUGGAUGUUCAAGCAAAUUGAUUGAAAAUGGAAAAUUUCCAACAUCCUAACUAAUUUUUAUCAAAUCACGCCUCGACUAAUUAGGGUAAAACUGGAUACCUCAUGAUGUAUGUACUUGGUAGAUAUGGAGAUGGAGCACGUUUUCAGCUUGUCUGGCUGAUCAAUUAUGUUUGUCAUAUUUACAAGUUAAUUUAAUCAACAUGUUUUAAUUUAAACAAAUUUGCGUGACUAAUUGUCACUUGUGCCUUUCAUUACAACACAUUGUCCAGUAAAUUAUGCAAACUCCAAGUUACGUCCAAGUUCUAGUUAUUUUUAAAUAUUUCUAUUUUUCAUAUUAUUUAAAAUUUGUUGAAAGGCACAUUUAAGAUUGGGAAAGAAUGCUCUCUAAAGAGAAUUUCUUUUAUUUUUACUUGUGAACAUUGACCUUUGAAUGUAUUUUAAUGGUGAUUAUUUUACUAGUGUAAAUUUGUAAGGCUUGUUAAUGGUUGUGAGUUAACAUGUUGUGUUGCCUCCAUAGUUUAUAGAAGUUUAUAUCUUCUCCAUGCUUUUUUCACUAGGAUUCACGUUGUUGUAAUUUUUUUGUCAGAGAUAUUCACAUUUAUAUUAUUUGUUUAUCCUUGCAUCAGAUCGAGUUAAACAUAUAGCAAAUUACUAGUCAUUUUAGGCAUCAGAGCUGAACUCACAUGUAUAUCGCAAAUAAUUCAAGCAUGAAUUUUUUUGGGGGGAGGGGGGUAAAUAUUAGUAGUUUGAUACAAAACUAUGUUACUGGACCAAAUUUAACAGAUACAGAGCCUAAUAUAGAUACUGACAGUGUCACCAAUUUACAUUAACUUUCAGUUUCACAGAAAACUGAAGCAAAAUUGUCGAUUGCAUCCUUAAUUUGAAAUUGAUAAUUUAGUCAAAAUAUAGAUUGUCUUGAUGAAACAUGACAAUAAUAUUGUUAACGCUAUAAUCAGGACACAUCAGUUAUCAAAAACACAAUUGGUGUACAAUUUGUUGACUGAUUUACUGGAAAUAAAAUGUUGAUACAUGUAUGUCCCUAUUCUUACUAGUUCUGACAUCACAUCAUACAAGAUAGGGAAAUGGUCCCUGUAAUUGAUCAAACAGCUUGCUGACAAUAUUUCUAGCUUAUAAGUAUCCACUGAACUGCCAAGCACAUUUACCUCAAAGGACAAAAUCAUUCAUCUAUUGCUCAUCAUCAUAUCGGUUUUAUGUCAUGAAAAUCAAGGGACCAAUAUCAUCAUUUAUAGGUUUUCAUAUAACCUAUCAAUCUAGAUCUUUCCUAAAACAAAAGGAAUUUUCAAAAUGUGUGUUUUAAUGUUCUGGUUACUUAACAUGUUUCAGUUUUACUUACUGAUGCAAUUUUAGUACAUAUUAUAAUGAAUUAACUCGAGAUAAUUAUCCUCAGUAUAAACCAUUAACAUCAUACUUCAUAAUAGUCUUGAUCAUUGACUGUUUUAAAACUUUGGUGCCGACCAGAUGUUUGAUGCCACAGAGAUUGGAGUUUCCAUCAUUGUGACUCAUUUUAUAUUUUUGUAUAGCAAUAUAAUGGAAGUUUGAAUAAACUUCAGUUACAAAUUGA